GUCUACAAGUGUGUAGAAAGAGGACCGUUCCGAAGUUGUUGUAUGUGGAAUGAUACAAAUUAAUGUCUUUGUGUCAGUUUAUUGUUUAAAAUGGUCCGCAAAUGUGUGUUUCACAUAUGUAAGGCGUGACCUUUCAACGUGAUUACGCAAUACGUAAGGUCGCACCGGCAUGUCACACGGCUUAUAAAAGAUAUGAAGUUGUGGUUUAAAAGUGCAUAUUUAACAUUUUUCUUAGCAAAAAUGACAAUGGUUUUCCUAGAUAAGACCCUUAUGCCUCGGUUGGGAUCAUUAAGAGCCUUUUGAAGCUGCACUGAAACUACAAUUUUUAACUGCAUUGAAACUCUAAACUGGGUCCAAUAAAGUCUGUUAAAAUGAGAAAAAUCCUGGAAUGUUUUCCUCAAAAAACUUAAUGAUCAAAGAAAGACAAAAAGAUCUUGGAUGCAGUGGUGGCUGGUCAAUGGGGGGGUGGGGCACCGCCCCCUUAAAGUUGGCCAGAGAGGAAAGCUAUUUUAACAAAAAGUUAAAUAUAUAGUGCAAAUCAAUACAAAGUAAAAUAAUUUAGUUCUACUUUGAGUUUGUUGUGUGUGCCAUAUGUGUUUGUCUGGGACGCCACCCAAACGAGUGUGUAUGUAGGUCAGUAAAUUUGUUAAAAGCAUGUGACUUGAGGCUGAGGUCUAAUUGGCUAGUUUCAGAUCCGCCUUGGGGCGCAGCACUGUGCGCCCCAAACCCUCACACUUUUGUAAAUUAAUAUCGUUUUUCAUAUUUUUGACCUCAUGUGAUUGAACCGUUCUCAGACCACAUUGCUCAUUGCAGAUUAACAUGUAACUGCUAGUUACAGUACUGAUCAGUGGAACCAAGUGAAAUAUCUUGAGAUGAAAGACAAAACGAUUUUAUUCUUACAAAAUCACCCUUUACAAGUUUUAAAAAAGUGUAGCAAUCAUGGGCCUUGCAUUCAGAGCUCAACACUAAACACACAAAUCUUAAUCAUGGUGACAAUUAAAUAAAAACCAUCAUACAGUACACUGUAAAAAGUGAAAGCUGCUCUACUUAAAAAAAAACUUAAUUGAAUUGGUAACACCUAAAAACAUUUUAAAAAAUUUAACUUAAAUUUUUUACAUCAAGUGAGAAAAAAGAACACAUUUUAGGCGUUACUAUUAGCAAUUAAAGUAAUUUUUAAGUUGAUCCAACUUUUACUUUUUAAAGUGUACAAAACAACUAAAUACGGCAGAUAGCUAACAGAGCAACAUCAAAACCAUCCUUUUUAAAAAUAUAAACCAUUGAAUUGAAAAUACUGCAGUGCAUGCUGGGAACUGUUAAGUUCUUGCAAGUCCAGUUUUUUUAUUGUUUGCUUAGAUUACACAGUUUAGCAAAUUGGUCAAACUUUUGACAAGUUUGGACAAAGACUCAACAUAAGUCCAGACGACAAACAAAUCUUAUUCAUUAUAAACAAAAUAAGAUAUUAACCCUUUGUUCAGGUUUCUGUUCAAGUUUUUUUUUACCUUGGUUAGGUUAUUGAAAAGCAUUAUAAAAAAUAUACUGCCAAUUCAGUUCAGCAUUCAGUUUGACAAAAAGUGAGAUUUAAAAAAAAUAUGGAAGUUAAACAUUAAGCAAACCCUGUUACAAAAACAGAUAUCAGAUCAUCUUACCUGUUGUACACAAAGAUAAAAAGUCACUUCUUUAUUUUAUCAGUUAUUUCACCAUUAUUUCUCAAGUUAGAAAGAAACUGUUGGCUCACCGACAAAUACUUUUUUUUCUAAGUACACCAUUUAAACAGCUUUUUUAAGUCCUGUCAGAUAAAAGUUGUAUUAGCUCUUGAGGUUACAGAGUCCCAACCAUGAGUCUGUCUAAUGUGUUCAUUUUGAUGAUCGUCAUUCCUCAAAUUCUUGUUCAGUCGGUGAGAGGAAAGAACUGUGUGUGCGAUCUAAAAAACACUGAUCCUGCUUUCCCUAAAAGCAAAUUUAAGAGAGUAGAGACCAUCGCCUUACAAUGCACUGCGACCAUCACUUCAGAAAAGAUGUUAGAAAAUGACAGACGACUUCUGGGUCUACAACAACGUAUCAAGCAGCUAGAAGACUACGUGGGCAUACUGGAAAAAGAGGACGACAAAAAUUUGUAUGGGGCCGUGUCUCUCCGGAUUAUUGAGCUGGAGUUUGCCGAGAUUCGAAGUCUCCUGGACAAACUUAACAAAACCACCGUCAACUCUCAGCAUCUCAAUGUACAGACUGUAGCAGAGCUUCAGGACAUGAAGGACACAAUGGAAGAGCUGGAGAGGUUUGACAGCAUGCAGGUGAUGAAGAAAGAACGUCAGAACCGCAGUAUUAAGAAGGAACUUGAGAAGUGCAAAGAAAACAAAGCUCCAGCACCACACCCAACACUUCCCCCGGUUAAGGGUCGAUGUGGUCUGGGUCAGAUUGUCAGUGUGAAGGGACCUAAAACGUAUUCCCUCACGGUGUAUUCAACCUCCUACACCUAUGGAGCUUGGGGCAAGGAUGCGAACCCUGCUCCAGGAGAUGAGAAUAAAUACUGGCUGAUGGUGCUGUAUACUAGUAAUGUGUAUGGCAACUUUAUCCGCCAGUACAAUAGCUUGAGUACUAUGUUAUUAGGCAUUGGACAUACCGAUGUAUAUAUUGCAGGCUCUAACCCCACAACUAACACAGUUCAGGGGCCAAACAUGGUUAUGUAUGGAAAUGCGCUUUAUUAUAACUGUUAUUACACAUAUUCCGUCUGUCGGUUUAAUAUGACGGCUAGCACGGUUAGUAACGUGGCACUGCCAAAAGAUACAGGUUAUAACAGCAAGUUUCCGUUCGGACAUCUCGGAGCAGCAUACGGCUAUACAGAUUUGGAUUUUGUCACAGAUGAAUUUGGCGUGUACGUUAUAUAUGCAACGACAAGCAAUUACGGGAAUAUAGUCAUCAGUAAAGUUGAGACCAGCACUCCGCCCGUUUUAGGCCAAACUUGGUCAACUUCACUGCACAAAAAAACUGUCACAAAUACUUUCAUGGUGUGCGGUGUGCUGUACGCCACCAGGUAUAUAGACAGUGAGAAAGAGGAGAUCUUUUACUCAUUUGACACCAAAACCAACACAGAGCGCUACGAUUUGAAAAUUUUUAUCAAAAAGAUGCAAACCAAUAUUGAGUAUCUCAACUACGACCCCAGAGAUCAUUUGCUGUACGUGUACAGUGAUGCCUACAUUCUAACAUAUGAGGUCGUGUUUAAGUAAUUUAAACUGGAUUGUGGCUGCAUCCCACUCUAGUGCAUCCUUUAGGACUACAGGCCACAACCUUAUACUCUGUGAAAAGAGCAAAUGUUAUCUUUGUGCUUUUAAGCUACUAAUACUCUAGAAAAUUUAAAGGAAUUAUUUACCCCAAAAUGAAAAUUGUCAUAAUUUACUCACUCUAAUGCAACCCCAAAUGGAUUAAACUUCCUGUCAGGGAUGGCAUGAGGGCCAUUUUCAUUUUGGGGCACCACUGACUUCCAUAGCAUUAUUUUUUUCUUACUGUGGAAGUCAAUAGUGCCCCAGAUCUGCUUGAUUACAAUUUUUUUUAAAUAUCUUGGUUUGGAAUAACUUAAAGGUGAGUAAAUUUAAUAAAUUAAUUAAAUAAAAAAUUUUGGUGGUGAUUUAUCCAUUUAAGGCAGGUUUUACCCAAAAAGUAAAAGUUUUUUAGGAUAAAUAAUUCAGCUUAACGCUUACAGAGUAUGAAAUUGUAUCUCAAUACCAGUAUGCUUUCUUACUACAUAUCCAAAAGUUUAUACUUUACCAUCCAUAGUGAAGAAUUUACAUUUGGCUUUGAGUAAAAAUAUGUGAUUGGUAUGCAGCCUUAUAGUUUUUACUUUUGUGUUUUUAAUGCUUAGCUUUGUUUUGUAAGCUUAAGGAAUCUACAGAUGUAAUGGGAAUUUUGUGCCU